UCCUCCAUGUGAAUCAAUCCCAUGAUGCAACAUGCCUCCCCAGCCCCAGCUCUGACGAUGAUGACCACGCAGAAUGUCCCUCCCCCACCCUACCAAGACAGCCCACAGGCACCCUCUUUUCCCGCUCCUGACGCUGCUGUUUGAGAAAUGUGAACAGGCCACCCAAGGCUCUGAGUGCAUCACCUCUGCCAGCUUUGAUGUGGACAUCGAGAACUUUGUCCACCAACAGGAACAGGAGCACAAACCCUUCUUCAGCGAUGACCCAGAACUGGACAAUCUGAUGGUGAAGGCAAUUCAGGUGCUGAGAAUCCACCUGCUGGAGUUGGAGAAAGUCAAUGAACUCUGCAAGGAUUUUUGUAACCGUUAUAUCACCUGCCUCAAAACCAAGAUGCACAGUGAUAACCUGCUCAGGAAUGACCUUGGGGGGCCCUACUCCCCUAACCAACCCUCCAUAAACCUACACUCACAGGACCUCCUGCAGAAUUCUCCCAAUUCCCUGUCUGGAGUCUCCAAUAACCCCCAGGGGAUUGUGGUCCCAGCCUCAGCGCUCCAGCAAGGCAACAUCGCCAUGACAACUGUCAACUCACAAGUUGUGUCAGGUGGAGCCUUAUACCAGCCGGUUACCAUGGUAACCUCCCAGGGUCAGGUGGUCACCCAAGCAAUCCCCCAGGGAGCCAUCCAGAUCCAGAAUACACAGGUUAACCUUGACCUCACCUCCCUCCUGGACAAUGAGGAUAAGAAGUCCAAGAACAAACGAGGAGUCUUACCCAAGCAUGCCACCAAUAUAAUGCGUUCUUGGCUCUUCCAACAUCUCAUGCACCCCUAUCCAACGGAGGAUGAGAAGAGGCAGAUUGCAGCCCAGACAAACCUCACCCUCCUGCAAGUAAAUAACUGGUUCAUCAAUGCCCGGAGGCGUAUCCUGCAGCCUAUGCUUGAUGCCAGCAACCCAGACCCUGCUCCCAAAGCCAAGAAGAUCAAGUCACAGCACCGACCCACCCAAAGAUUCUGGCCCAACUCCAUUGCUGCAGGGGUGCUGCAGCAGCAGGGUGGUGCCCCAGGAACAAACCCCGAUGGUUCCAUCAACUUGGACAACCUACAGUCCCUGUCCUCAGACAAUGCCACGAUGGCAAUGCAGCAGGCCAUGAUGGCUGCACACGAUGACUCACUAGAUGGGACAGAAGAGGAGGAUGAGGAUGAGAUAGAAGAAGAGGAAGAGGAGGAUCUGGAGGAGGAGGCAGAUGAGCUGCAGACAACAAAUGUCAGCGACCUGGGCUUGGAACACAGUGACUCCCUGGAGUAGUUGGGCAGCCCAGACGGCACUGAUCACAAGCAGGAGAGGAGUGUCGUCAGGGUUUCAGAGGGGUGGGGGAGGGACAGGAAGCACUGAAGGAAGUUGGGCCCUAGCCUCCCACAAUCAGCAGCUUGAAGAAAUUCAGGAGACACCCUACUCCUUCCCAACCACCAAGUUUCAAUGAGUACCCCAGCCCUACUUUCCUAGAACUGCCAAGGACUUCAUUUCACAGGGCCAGUCAAACAGCACAUAUGGAGAGACAGGAGUGAGAUGUGGACUCACCCAAUCCCGGAGAACAAAGGGCACCUGUGGCCAUCCCAUUGAAGGACUUGAGUUGUAUACAAGCCUUGUACUGUGAGGCAGAUU